GACUUGUUCUGACACGAGCUUAGCUUUAACUGGAAUCCGUUCAAGUUCGAGCUAUCAGUCGUGAAAACAAACAGUAUCGGAGACACAACUUGUUCAGGAAAUAUUUUGAUAUAUUGUUGUGGAAAGACAGCCAUCUCAACAUGAGUGUCAGUGUGUGUUAUGGUAUAGAACCGAUGGAUUUCUCUUUCCAUGAAGAUGAGGAUCUUGCUGUUUCUAGUUCCAGUGCUGUAGAUACAAAGUUUGAUGAGACUAUUGGACAUGUUGAGGAUAUUAUUAUGGAUGAUGACUUCCAGAGAAUACAGACAGAAUUUUUAGAGAAAUAUUACCAGGAGUUUGACGACUCUGAAGAAAACAAAUUUAUAUAUACAGAUAUCCAUAGAGAAUAUGUUCAAUUAAUAGAAACACAUUUAAACGAUGAACUCACAAAACGCAUGCCAGGGUUUUCCAUGGGUGAAUUUACACACCAAAUUAUGGAGAGAAAAAAUGAGCUGGAAGGCGAGAUAUUUGAGAUGCUGCUAACAUUUAGUGACUUCAUGGUGUUUAAGGAAAUGUUUCUUGAUUUUAAAGCAGACAAAGAAGGACGAACAGUGGACCUGAGUGGAGGAAUUAUGGUGACUUCCAUGCAAGGUGGCGGAGAUGACUGUGCAGAUGACGGUGGAGAUGAUGGAGGAAUCUCAUUGGACGACUGCACAUUUUCUCUAACGGGACAUUCAUUUGGAGAUGGACCGGAGCAGAAAUAGUGUCUAUCCCUAGUGAAUUAGUGCUUAAUGAAAUGUUACCAUGUCCAUCGCAGGUGAAUCAAUACUGCCUGGAAUGUGUGGAUUUGUAUGAUGGUGGAGUGUCCGACGAAUCUUUCUGCCAAAAAGUUCAUAUGUUCACCGUAUUGAGUCGGUGUUCAUGUGUAUACAUGGAGUUGAGAUAUGCUCAUUUUGAAAGAUAUCCUCUUUCUUGUAGUUAAUGAAAUUCACCAUUUGAUGGCAGUGUCCAUCUUGAAUUAUUGUUGUAUCGUAUAACCUUACACCUUGUCUGAAGACUUCCUUGUUUAAACUGUUCUAUGGGGGAGUAAAAUCCCAUUUCCAUUGACACAGAAAAUGUUAAAAUGUGUCGCAAGAUUUUCAUUGUGAUUCCACAAACACAACUGGUAUGGUGGUUGUUUUGUAUGUUAUUGAAAUGUAAUCAAAAAACAUGAUUUGUUAAAUUUUAGAUCCUGGACAAGUAAAAAGUUACAUAAUAAUAGACUGAAGAUUUAAGGAUAAAUAUAUGUAUUCUACCUCUACACUAUCACAUAAACGUUUUAUUUAUGAAAAGGCAAAGAAAUUUGUGAAAUAGGCUUCACUUGGCUAUAAUCGGGACUUGAUAUGAACUGUUAUACGAGCUAAAGGGAAAUAACCACCACAUCACGGAUACAUUGCAUUAUAGGGAAGUACAAUAUACGAAAGUUUUGAGAUAUUGAAAUAAUUUACAUUCAGUGUUCCUUUCUAAGUCUUAAAAACGCUACAUUUUUUAGAAUUACCGAAAUGUAACCAAAUAUUGCACAAUUUCCAUAGUGUUGGAUCCGGAGGGGAGCAGACAAGUCUUGUUUAGAUUGAAAAUAACGAAAGAAAGAUUUAAUUCCAAGCAUCUUCCUUAUGAAACUUUAGACAACUAGAGUUUCAGGGAGCCGAAUUUAAAUUCACUGUGCAUUCUACUGGUAUGAAAUUACUAUUGUUUCAUUUCUCUGUACCAGUUUGAUUUUUCCAAUCAUCUAACGGUAGUGUUAUUGUAAAUAAAACAUGCAUCUCUUUGAUCUUUAAACAAUUAUAAUUCUGUGGCAUAUACCCAGGCAUUGAGUGGUAUUAUUAUUUUGAUAGAAACUAAUGAAUAACAUCAUCAGUCUUAAAAUGCCCCCUGUAUCUCCUAAAAUGUUUAACCAGGUUUAAUCCUGUGUGAUACAAAAUAUUGUUUUGAUAGGGAACAUUAAUUUGUUUUAUUAGUUAUCUCGAAUAGUCUCUCCAUCUACUCUCAAUCCCAAGUGUACGUCACGCCUUCCAGAUAAAACUGGAGUUAGUAUUUUAGACUCCGGUGUUAUCCUACAGUGACUGUUAAUCUCUACUGCCUUCCAUUUAUAUCUCACCAUCUCGUCAUCUCAUUAUGUUUUUCAUUCCACAACUCACCUGAACUAGGUUUCAAUAAGUACUUGUAAAUAAUUAUAAUCACUGAAUGUAAAAAAAGUCCGUCCUUAGAUUUGUGACAUAUCAACUGUUUUUAUAAAGUUUAUUUUUCAAUAAGGCUGAAUGAGAGACUUGGUAUGUCUUUUUGGACACAGGGACAUGGCAAUAUUCCCAACCCAAAGUCCACAGGUAUUAUAUAUUAUAUAGAUGUACGUAACCUCCUUUUUUUGACAGGGGUUGGAAAUUUGUACCAAGUCCCUGUGUUGUUGGGCAUGACCUUUACUGUUAAGAGAAGGGCAUUGUAGCAAAAAACAGUGACAAUGCUUUGAAGAAAAUUUGAAAGGUUGUUUAUAUUUCUUUAUUUGUUUACAAUUUUAUUCUCGCUUUGCGUUGUUGUGUAAUUUGAAAACGAAAUAUGAAAGGAGGUUCCAACUUCUUGUUGAUGUUUUCUUUCUUGACAGCACUUGAAUAAAAAUUACGUUUUAUGUUAAGGGAGGUUGACAAAAAUUGAUUGAAAGAUUGAUGUGUGUGUGUUUAGCUAUAUGGUCGAAACUUUUUUUUCUUUUUCUGGUUUAUAUUUUGUCAGGUGAUCUGAUCAUAGAAUGAUCUGAUUUGUCGAGGCUGCUGAUAAGUCAGUUGAUCAAGUAAGAUGAGCGGUCAUUUGAUCUUUUUAAUCAAGGGACCAGGCAUUGGUUUUAUCAGAGUUCCAUAACUGAAGGGCAUUCCUUAGCUUGAAAUGUUCCAUUGCAAAGCCUAACACUAUUGAAGAAAGGUUUAAAUUCUUAACUAAAUUUUUUUGGUUAAAUCCAAUAAUGCUCUCCUAUGGAGUUUUUUAAGUUAAAGAAUUUUAAGGGAUUAAACCAGAGCCUGGUCAGUUGAUCAAUAUGUUUGAUCUAGUUAGGUGAUUGGUCAAUUAAUUUCAUUAGUGAAGUAACCUGUGGUCAUUUGAUUUUAUUCGUGCAGUGACCUAGGCCUGUGGUCAUUUGAUCUUAUUCGUACAGUGACCUGAUUGGUUGAUUGAUCUAAUAUGGUCAUGCAUGGUUAUUGCAUGUACAGCAGUCUGAUUGGUUGAUGAUAUUAGAUAGUUGAUAUUGGUUACAGCUCCAUUUGCAGUUGAUCAUUGAAUGCAGUUUUCUUUUUGUAUUCUUUUCAUAAACAUUUGCAUCAGCUAAUCUUGUUUUCUAGAUUACUAGAUUUUAUAACAAUGUGACUGACUUUGGGGAAUUACAAAUAAAUAACAGUAAGAUCGUACAGACGUUAUCCUUUACAGUACAGUAAAUACAAAUUAGAUUGUAAAAGACUUUCUGAAAUUGACUUCCUGGCAAAAUUUCUUCCAUCACCUCUUGUCCACACAUACUGAAAAGCUGAAACUUACUAUGCUUUUGUUCUUUUCCAUAAUUAGAAUUAUUCUAUUGUAGGAUUUCAGAUGUACCAAAAGUUUAUAUAUCUAACUUCAAAUUUUCCUCAGCAAUGAAAAUGAAAUCCUUAAAGGAAGUAUAUUGUUAGCCUGUAUAACAAGAGAAGAGUUUAUUUGUUGUAAGUGGAAUUACACAGUGUAGUUUGUGAGAACGAAAGUGUCUGUAUGUAGGUUGUAAGUUUCUGUGUCGGUUGUAACAGCGAGAAAGUGAAUGUUUGUUUAUUUCUACAUGUAAAUUUAUUAUAUUUACAUGAAUAAAUUAUUAUUUAAACUCAA